AUGCAUCCAAGUGAGGCGGGGAAAAGGCGGCCCGAGAACGUGGGGCUAUACAACUUCUACAGCAACAUCAUCCCGAGCCAGUCCAUCCGAACGGCGAUCUACACAAACAUAAAAGGAAACAGGAAGAAAUAUUUGCUCUACGCAUGCAGCAACUACCUGAACGUCUGCUCAGUGGAUAAGGAUGGCUUUACAAGUGACUACAGCAAGCAUGCAGUAUUUGCUGAGAUUCUAGAGCUGAGGGAAUACAUCCCAGAAAAGCUAGCUGAUUCAGGCAUAAGGGAAAAUAUAAAAUCGUUCGUUUUUUUACUGACGAGGAAAUACAACUUGCUGCUGCUCCAUUUUGAUGUGAAGCUGAACGACUUCGUCACCAUCUCGCAGGUUAAUUUACACGAAAUGAAUGGCAUGAAUAUAGAAGAAGACAUCACUCUCCUGUUGGACGAUCGGAACCGGACGCUCCUAUUCUACGGGUACAAAAGCAUACUCAAGUAUAUUCACAUAGACUAUGAUGACUACUUUAAUUUGAGCCACAUCUACACGUUGAGGCUGGACGAGGGCCUGGUCAUCGACAUCAUCUUUUUGAAGUUCAAACAGGGGGGGGGUAGCGCAGCAGGGGGAAGGAGCGGCGCAGCGGUCGGCGGUGCAGCAGUCGGCGGCGGACGGGGCUGCGACGGGGGGGAGGACCGAGUGAAGGCCCCCCAGCUAAGCACCGGCAAGCACAGCGUCGACACACAUGACGAGCCGGCAGAUGAGCCAAAUGCCACUGCAAAGGGAGAGCCCCUCCGAAGCAGCGCCAAAGGAAGAGGUGAUCCUUUCGACGAAGACCUAAUAAUUGGCACUAAAACGGAAGGGAGAAGCAACGCCCCCGAGGGGAGCAUUAAACAGGAGAGCAGAAGCAGUGCCGUCGAUGGCCAGUACACCACCGUAGAACGAAUCAAGAGGCAGUACGCAGAUAAGACGGCGCCCCUGGAUCACGACCAAUCUGUAAAGGGAACUUUCUCCAAAAACGAAGAAAGGGGAACAUCAAAUAUGGGGGUGAAGAAAGAGCUCAAUGAAUGGACUUGCAAAAGUGAAAAUCAGAUUCAGGAUGGGCAUCCCCAAAUGGACACCUUCAUGGGUAGUUUUUUUGCAGACAGUUUUGCAGAUGACACCCAUUGGGGUAAUAACGACUCGAGAAGACAGAACAGCACCCAUGGAUCCCUUCAAAAGGGAAGGAAAAAAGAGAAAAGCAAAAUAAGUGCCACAAUAUGUGUGCUGUAUGACGCCAAGAAGAAGGAAUCCACCACCUACGAGAGGUACAUACGGCUGAUCCGUUUAUACUCUCUAAGUGAUGAGAAGCGUACCGGCAGUUUGGGUGAAAUAAGCCCCUCCAUUAACCCACGGGUAAAAAAUGGGCUCAGUCAACACGGGCAGGUACAAACCAGCGGUGCUUCCUACCCACACGGAAACGAAGCCGUAUGUGUAAACGGACCUAAAGAUGAAGAAAAUGAAAAGUGCAUCCACCUGAUGUACUACAAACCCGUAGUGGUCGACUCGAGCAUAAACAAGCUCCUCUGCUUCGCCAGAAAUAAACUCAUGUUGGUGGGCUUCCAAUUCAUUAGCUAUAUUAAUUUAGAAAAUGACAAGGACAGGAACUUCUUCCUCAGCUCCGAGCUAAGAACCAUUCGGUGCAUUGAGCACCUGAGCAGAAAUAAAUUCAUUUUGUCCGACGAUUAUGGGGACCUGUUCAUUUUAACUUGCCUUUAUGAGUCCACCCCGUCUUCGCUCAGGAUGAAAAGCGAUCGUGGCAGCAAUGCGGGCAGCGGCAUGGGAAGCGGCAUCGGAAGCGGCAUCGGAAGCGGCAUCGGCAGCGGCAUCGGCAGCGGCAUCGGUAUCAACAGUCGCAUCGUCAGCAGCAUCUUCAGCGGCGUGGACAACCGCGCGCGCACCACCAGCUGCAGCAACAUCAACUCCAUCACCCUGCAGUUCAUAGGCACCUGCUCCAGGUCCAACGUGAUUGUGUCCCUCUUCCCCGACAUCAUCUUCCUGGGCUCCCAAGUGAGCGACAGCUAUUUGCUGCGCAUGCACAACUACCCCGUGUGUGAGUACGAAGACUACAACCCCGUGGAGCCCCCCCCCCUCGCGGGCCACAGCGGUUUCCAUUGUUUGCUGAGCGGUGGGCACGUCGGGGGCGGGGUGCCUGACCAUGGUUCGAUCGAUGAGGGCGCAGCGAGCGAGGUGAAUCUGGCCAAUGUGGCCAAUGUGGGCAGCAGUGCCAAUGUAGUCAGUGGGGCGAAGAGCAGCUGCCGACCGAGCCACUGCUACGACGAAAACGCGCGUCGACACCGAAGCGAGCGCCUGGACAGCGUGGACAGCGUGGACAGCGUGGACAGCGGCGCCCUUAACGCAGAAGAGGGGGACCCCGCCCUGCACCCCAGCAGUUGCACACAAAGCAUGCAAGAAAGGAAAAAAAAAAAAAAAAAAUUUUUCAUCGAAAUUUUAGCAGUUAUACAAAACAUGGGACCCAUCCUCGAUUUCUGCGUUGUGAAAAAUAAAAAUGGCGAAAAGGAGAUCAUCACUUGCAACAGUUACGGAAGAACGGGGUGUAUUUCCAUCAUAAGGAAUGGGAUGAAGGUGAACAUCAUUUCGAAGCUAAGCUUGGGGAAAAUCACUAACAUGUUCGUCGUCAAAUAUGUCAUCCACCUGAGGAAGAGUUCCCCUACUGGGACUUCUGGGGUGGAGUACAUCCCCGGGGGGGGACCCUCACAGAAGAGGAACAUCCACGGGGAGGAAAAAUCCCGAAGGGAUGAGAAUGCCCCCCCUCUCAAUGGUCACAACAGUAACAACAGUAAGAAGAAGCACUCUUUACGAAGCCAUAUGUCCCCCCCUGAUGAGGAGGAAAAACGGAAGAAGCCGCCCCUACACUUCCAAGCAUUCGCCUAUCUAAAUGAAAAAAACAGUGUAGAAAUAAAGGACAUCAAUUUGUGCUUUUUAAAUAAAUAUUAUUUCCAAAACGAAAACGAUAUUGACGUUUUGAAUUAUGCCAAUUUUAUUUAUUUUCACAUCUUCAUCAUAUGUCUGUCUUAUGGAUUUCACACCAAGGUGGUGGGAGUGUGUAGGGAGACCCCGGGGGCAAGGGCUGAGAGGGGCAGACGCGGUGCGUCCAGGGAGGCCACCUCAAAUUUCGGGGAACACCCACAUGGGAAGAAGUACCACCCCUUCAACGGCGACAAUGACGAUGAUGAUGGGGAUCCGACCAACCGCACACAUGAGUUCUUCCCGAAUUGUUACCCCUUUGCCAGUGGAGGACCCCCCAACAGCCACAACGAAAUAUGCCUCUGCGAGUAUAAAGACGUAGACGUGGACCUCACCAGCAACACGAUACACUUUAGCGUGUUGAAGAACUUCCCCUACGUCGUGCAAGUGACCAAUCGGAACAUCAAUCUCCUUUGCUGCUUGUCUCUCAAAAUGGUUUACCAAUUGGCGAAGGAAUACAUUUUCAGGUUUUGCCUCUACAGCGACUACCUCUAUGUUUAUUGUGACAGGGGCAUCGAGGUGUACUCCGUGGAGGAGAAGCGCCUGCAGAUUUUGCACACCUACGAGGUGCGCGGGACGAUUAGCUCCCUCGUGGUGUAUAAAAGUUUGAUGGCCUGCGUGUUCGACUGCCGGGAGGUGGCCCUGCUCAACAUAGACCACGCGGCGCUCCACCGGAUUAGGGCCGCGGCCCGCGGGGAGGAAGAAGCGGAGAAGAAAGAGGAGCAAAAGAAAGAGGAGAAGAAAGAGGAAACAAAUGAGGAGAAACACAUCCCUAUGAACGACGCACCGCUCAACGCGCCGCUCAACUUUCCGCUCAACUUGCCCAACCGCGGGGGCGUGUUCGCCCAGGCGCACCUCUACACCCCCGCGCUGGACUACUUCGUCUUCAUAUCGGACGUAGAGGUGCUGGAGCUCAACGAUAAUGUGUACCUCUUCGUCGGGUACAGCAGCGGCGUUGUGGAGUACUUUCUGCUGUGCGCGGAUAGGCGGGGGGGGCAGGCAGCUCGGGUGGGAGGCAAGAAGGAAGCCAAAGGGGAAGGAAAGAAGGGAGGAAAAAGGGAAGGAAAGAAGGAAGGCAAAACGGAAUUCCAAACGGAAUUCCAAACGGAAUGCCAAACGGAAUGCCAAACGGAAUGCCAAACGGAAUGCCAAACGGAAUGCCAAACGGAAUGCCAAACGGAAUGCCAAACGGAAUGCGAACCGAAGAACCAACUCGCCUGCACUGAGCGCCCCCCACGGAGGCGCCGCACCCACGGCAACCUGUUCAGCCUGCACAAAUCCUACCUCAAAAAAAAAGAAGAAAGCAUACGGUGCAUUUAUCGAGACGAGCUCAUGAAUAGGGAGAAGCAGCCCCCACACAGCUACAGAAUUAAAAUCACAGACACUAUGAAGAAGAAGAAAAAGGAAAAAAAAUACAAAAGGGCUCUAAUCAAGUACAUGUCCGAAACUCAUGCGAAUGUGCUUCCGUUCUUCAACAGUAAGAAGAACCUUUUCACCAGUUUAUCCGAUUUGCAUAGUCUUUGUGUUGGGGACCAGGAGGAUGAAGUUCUGCUCGACGCUGGCUUGUUUCACCACGCGGAGCCUGCGUCGGACACGUUUGUCGGCAUGGAGGACAUUUUGCAGGGGGGAAGCGGCGUCCAGAACGCUGGAGGUACCUCUCAAUGGGAUGGACGCACCUCUCAACCGGAUGAGGACUCGGACCAGCUGAGCGAGUGCAGCCACUACCUCAAUUGCGCCGGCGUGCCAUCCAGGCUGACGAACAGAACCGCCAGGAGGAGCCCAAAUGGUAGAAACCAUCGCAGAGAAGUGAGCCUCCACCGGAAGAAGCUCAAAUACUACUUUCAGUUUUUUCAAAUUUACGGCAUGUCAUCUGAAGAAUCGUCCGAGGAGGACGUCUUGAACUUCCGCACCUUCGAAAUGCUGGACGACAAAAUGAGGCAGAGGAGGGAAACCCUUAACCCCAGGGAAAAUGCAAACUGUGGGAGUAGCUACUGCGGUGGUGAAAGUAGUGGAAGCAGCAGGUAUAUCUUUCGCGACGAGGCGCGCAGCCACGUGGGGGGGAAGAAGCGCACUUCAUGGGAGAAGAAGCCAUCCUCAGGGGGGAAGAAACUCUCCUCGGGGGGGAAGAAGCCCUCCUCGGGGGAGAAUCACACCCCGUUGAGCAGGACUCCCCACCCCCCAAGCGCGUCGUCCGAUUCUAAUGCUGAUGGCAGCCAUGCACCCACUUCAACACUGGGGAGGGCCGUCAACCUGAACCACGAAAUGGUUAGCGAACAGUGCCCCCCCGGCGCUACCCACGAUGGAAGGAGGAGAUCCUCGCACGGGGAGGCGAAGCUGAAAGUCCCCAGGAUUUCCAGCUCAGUGGACGAGAUGGAUGCGGAUGACCCGGAAAGGAACGCGACAAAGGAGGAGGGGUCGACGGGAGAUCCCACCUCAGUGGGGAGGGAAGCGAAAAGGGGGAAGGAUAAACCGGACCUGAGUGACGCAAUUCUGGGAAGGGGGAAAGUGUGCAAAGAGGAGGAGCCUUCCACUGAUAAGCGGUCGGACUGCCGCUCCCCUGAUGGCCAGUCGGACUGCCCCCGCGCGGCUCGCAAAACGGACAUAAACAACGAGGAGUACCAGCUGGAAAAAAUGAAGAACAAAGCGAAUUUGACCAGACGGGAACUCAAGCAGAUGAAGGAAAAGGAGGAAAUCCUCAGCGACAUCUUCCAAAGGAAAAUAAAAAAACAGUACAGCGAUGUCUACGUCCGAGAAAAACAAAUGGGUUCAGGAAAAUACAGUGACGUAGAUGCACAGGUAGAUGCAGAAAUCUCAUCAGAUGCAUCAGUCUGUUUUAAAAAUUUAAAUAACAUUCUCUUCGACGAAAAAGUGUACCUAAAAAGUUACGUAGUGAAAAGUAAAAAGAUUAUGCUAACCAAGAGGAGGAAAAUCUCUACCUGUACCAACAGCCCAGUAAAGUUUAAAGCUUUUCUGAAGGUUCAUUCGGAGAGGAACCAAAUUGAUGUAAACAUGAGCAAGCUGACGAAGAGGUGCAAUUUCCUCUUCGUCUGUUGUGACAGCCCUAUUAUUAUAUACUCUACUUUGAAGAAGAAACUGUCCAUCUCCAAACUCUCCAUCAGAAAUGUACAUCUCGUCGAUAUGUUUAGCGAUUUCAAUUAUUUGAACCCCUUCCAUAAUUUCCUUUUAUUUAAAAAAAAAAACCAAAACAACUCCUAUUUUAUUUUCUUCGAUGGAAAUCAACUGUGCAUUUCGUACCUCAACGAGAUGAAGAAAACCUUUAUGGAGAGAAUCCCCUUCCAUAGGACUGUGGAGAAAAUUGCCUACCACGCUGAUACCGGAUUGCUCAUUACGGCCUGCCCGGUGGAGGAGAAGCACAAGACCAACCAGAUGAUGAAGCAAAUCGUCUGCUUCUUCGACCCCUUUCAGAACUCCUUCAAGUACACGUAUAUCAUUCCCUCCAAGUUUAGCGUCUCCAGCAUUUGCAUUUACGAACUGGCGCCCAGCUCGGGGGGGGCCUCCAUGGGUGAAAUGGAGCAGACGAGCCAAAUGGGCCAAAUGGAGCAGACGAACCAGACGAACGAGCUGAAGCCGAGUCACCCGGAGGAGCGGACCGACGCCCCCCCCGUGCGCACACUCAUCUGCGUGGGCACGGCCAACAACAACGAGCGCAUCACGGAGCCCUCCUCCGGACACAUCUACGUCUUCGUGGCCAAGAAGCAGACCAACCAGUUCGAAAUCAAGCACGUCUACACCUACAACGUCAGCUGCGGCGGGAUCACCCACUUGAAGCAGUUCCGCGACAAGAUCGUCGCGGCGGUGAACAACACGGUCGUCAUCCUCGACAUCGGGAACUUUCUGGCCAACCUGGGCGCGUACAUCUACAACUCCAGCAAAGCCAUCAAAAUAGAAAGCAACGAUGCCUUCCUGGAGGUGGCCUCCUUUACGCCGAGCUCCUGGAUCAUGAGUCUGGACGUCGUAGAAAACUACAUCGUCGUCGGCGACAUCAUGACGUCAGUGACCCUCCUGUCUUACGACUUCGAAAAUGCCAUUCUCAACGAAGUGUGCCGGGACUACGCCAACAUUUGGUGCACAUCCGUCAGUGCCCUGUCGGAGAACCACUUCCUGGUCUCGGACAUGGAGUCCAACUUCCUCGUCUUGCAAAAGUCAAACAUCAAGUUCAACGACGAAGAGUCUUUCAAGCUAUCGCUCGUUUCACAAUUCAACCACGGGAGCGUCGUCAACAAAAUGUUUUCGACGUCCUUGAGGAACCUGGUCGACGACGAGGAGCGCCGAAACGAAAUUCUGCAGAAGGAGCAGAGCAUCCUGUGCGCCUCCAGCGAAGGCUCGAUCAGCGCCCUCAUUCCCUUCUCCAACUUCCUGCAGUUCAAGAGGGCCCUGUGCAUCGAAAUUGCUAUCAACGACAAUAUCUCGUCCCUCGGGAAUUUGAGCCACAGCUCUUACCGAGAGUACAAAGUCAGCUUGGCCUCCAAAAACUGCAAGGGGGUAGUCGACGGGGAGCUCUUCAAGAUGUUCUUUUACCUGCCCUUCGAGCGGCAGCUGAAGACGUACAUUUACGCCAAGUGGAUCGCCAAGAAGCUGAAUUGCAAACUUGGAAGCUUCGAACACUUCAUGCUGGACAUAGAGAAUCUGUGUGGCCUUCUGUGA